AUGGAAAAGGAAGUCGGAAAGCUGCACAAGAGUUCCCACUUGUGGGUGCUGAGGGACUACUCUCGCCACAGAGCACGGCUGGGCGUCGGCCAGGCCGUCAAGAGCGGUGAAUUCACGGCGGCAGGCCACCGGUGGGAGAUCGUUUUCUAUCCCAACGGCGCACACCCAGAAACCCAGCGGCAAGGCUACGCGUCCUUAUACUUGACCCUCAGGAGCGGCGGCCGCGUCCAGUGUUUGCACGGAUUGUACUUGUUGAAUGCCAACGGCGGCCAUAGGGGUAUCGGCUUGUUCAAGUCUUGCUCUGGGAUCGCGUGCCUCGGGCCCGGAGAGCUGUCUGGCCAACGCCAAUUCAUCAAACGGUCCGUCCUCGAAUCACCUGACAGUGGUUACCUGAGGGAGGAUUGUCUUAGGCUACGGUGCACGAUUGGGGUCCUCGAUUGCCCCUUUCCUAUGGAUCACCCCUUUCUCAGGGUCCCCACCCACAAAAAAGGCGGAGAUCAAUGCAAAUCCCUCAAAGAGAUAUGGUCAUCCUUGUUAAAGGAGGCGGUUCGGUGUAAGGAAUCUGCUAGUGCUCUUCUACAACGGGAACUUUUGGCCAGUUCAAUUUCAAUUUCAUCUGCUCCUCCUAAGGGGAAGCUAUUGGAAAGUGUUAUUUGGCGUCUGAGUGCAACUAAGUUGAAGCACAAGACGAAGGACGAUUAG